GCACGAGGCGUUCAACCGGUCUCGUGCAGCAGCGUUAACGUUGAUGCACAGUCGAUCUGUUCAACGUUCAGUGUUGUUGUGUGAAAGUCGGACUUCCCCCGGUAGCUCGCACAUGCUCAGUAGCGCGCGCAAAGUAUCGCUAAUCGAAGGAGAGUCUCAGGAACGGGUCGGAAACGACGGCGCGAGCUCGACGUGUUGUUCGCAGUUCAAAAUGCAGCCUGCAUCUCCGUAUCUUACGGUCUGAAGCCAUCACAAGGUAAAAGGAUGUGACUCCAGCUGGCAUUCAGUCUUCCUGCUAGGAGCUGGGGAUCCGUUGGCGUGAGAGUGUGAGAUUAAUGGAAGGUGUGACGGAAGAGUUGAGGGAACAGUCCGAGAAAGGGCAGGAUGAGACAGGAUCCGCUUCGAUAAACUACACGCUUCCGAUCGGGAUGGACGAGACAUCUGUCGCGACGGUCAUGGAUCCAGGCGAAGAGGAGACGGAGCCGCCUCCGGAUUGGCUGGAGCCUUUGGAGGACUGUGAAGACGACGGUGAUGAAGGCGUGGAGAUUGACAGGAGCACCGAGCGAAGACGGAGAAGGGGCAAUAAUGCUUCGCGGAAGCGAGGGAGGCCGUCAGUGUCAUCGAGCAGUGCCUGGGUGGAUUGUCCUGAACUGGGAAAUGGCUGGAAACGAAAAGUGAUCUUUUGGCGUGCGGGCAAAACUGCUACAUAUUACCUGAGUCCCAAAGGUGUGCGCAUCAGGAGUAAAGUCCAGCUUGCCAGACAUCUUAAGGCUGACCUGGCUCUCUUCGACUAUAAAGAAGGAAAGUUUGUGGAUGCUGUUAUCCCAAGAAAGCGCCGAAGAGCUCGUGUGAAAGAAAGCACCAGGCGCUCCAGUCUUUCUCGCACCUCUGUAAACAUAACUGCGCCCCCUCAGAAUGGGCCCCUCAGUCCCCAGAGACCUCAUCUCAUCCCUAUAACACCAACCACCUCUCCAUCUCUAAAGAGCUCCUACAGAAGUCCCCCAGAGCUUACUCGCGUCUCACCCACCAUCCUCCAGCAGCCCAGCCCUUCACCAUCACUCAAACUGGAUGAUCUCUCAGUUCAAACCAGCCCGGUAUCCCAGUCCUGGCUCCAGUCCUCUCUGGCCCCUGUCAGCCCCACCAAAACCCCUGAGAGUGACUUCCCUACUUACCCAAAUGGCCAGAAUGCUGUGAAAGAGUCCCCGUACCUCCAUUCACCCCUGCCGACACAUCUGGCCGUGGACCCUGAAGCAGGAAUGCAGGAUCAUGGCCUUCCUCCUCUCGAAGGCUGUGCAAACUGUGGUUGUAAAUACCCAGGGAUGGGUAGUGGGAAGCAGCUCCUGUGUCCCAAAUGCAGACCAAGGAGAAAUCAGCAUCCUCAUAUUGUCUUCAGGAAGGUAGGACAGGAUAGGUGGAUUCUUGGAAAUACCAAAAAUGACAAUUCCCUUAAAAAGAACAUGCCUCCCUUAAGGAAUAGACGGCAUCCUUCUAAGUCACUAAGAUUGAUGGCUCAACAGGAAAAGAUAAAGGAAGCGAUUAAGAAGGAAUUGCAGCAGGACAGUGAUGAGGAUGACGACGGGCCUGACGCUGGACCCGAUGAUGACGAUGAUUAUGGUCCAAGGAAACGCAAACGGCGAAUGUGUGGUCAGUGUAAGGCCUGCCUUCGUAACGAGAACUGUGGAAAAUGCGAUUUUUGCUUGGACAAGACCAGAUACGGUGGGCCGAACAAGCUGAGACAGAAAUGUCGCUUUCGCCAAUGUCAGGUUCGGUCUCGCCUUCAGACAGGGUCACUUAAAUACGCCAGAUCUGUCGGCUUGGUGGACACGGGACAAGGUGAGCCGAGCUCCCGAAAGCACGGCAGACACUGGGGGAGGCGGAAAAUGAAGCGUCGCUCAAGAAGCAACAAAUACUGUCUGGACAAUGAAAACGAUGACGACGGCAAAUACGAAGGCAGGCGUUCGGUCAGGAAAGGACGAAGGGGCGAGCCGAGGAAAUAUGUGCGCCGUCUUAAACGACUGAAGGAAGAGGAAGAGGAUAAGAUGUCGGAUCCAGAGAUUGAGGACGGAGGACCAGGCGAUCUGGAGCAGGACCCAUUUGUGGUGUGUGAUGAUGGCAGCAGUGGUUUUUACGAGUCUGAGGAGCUCUACUCAAACAACUACAUUCAGAAUGGUGCUGACCUUGAUAUGCUCAGGAGCAGUGAACAUCAGCAAGUGGAGGUGGAAUACACGGAGCUUCCUCAGGGCCCAGAACUGGUGUACACUGUCCCAGGGCUACCUGAUGGUCCUCAGCUGAUGAGCUCGGUCCUGCCUAAUGGUGUUCCACUACAGCUGAGUGCUGUGCCAGGCACACACGCGCCCCUGAUACUGGAUGACGUGCCCAGCAAAGCUGCCCCUCAGCAGCACUCCGAGGUCCUGACCAACAACGGUGCGUCUCUGCGUCUCAGCGAUUUUCUGAGGAAUCAUGGAUUGGAACUGGUUGAGGUGGACACGACCAUCCCACAGAUCCUUCCAGAUCCUCCCACAGAUCCUCCCAGCCAUGAAGGAGAGCGCCAAGGUGAACCAGGGACUCUGGAUGCAUCGCCUGAGACCUACAGCUUUCCAGACUCUACCGAGAGUGCUUCGGUGCGGGACUCGGGGUUACUGGAGCUGCUGACGUCUCUGCGCCGCACCAUUCUCCCUGCGCACUGGGUGGGUGUGAUGGCUAAUGGCCCGAUCCUGCAGCUCUUCCAGUGCUCCAAGCUCUCGCCCAUGGCUGACACGGUGCUGCAGAUCGAGCCGGGCUUCCUCUACCAGAUCAGCGUGCAGAACCAGCCGCUGCUGCCCACACACGCUGUGUACGAACGCCAUCCGGCCCGCCUUACAUCCGUCAGCCAAGUAGUGGCCCUGCUGCUCGACCUGGAGGAGCUGAACGUGUGUCAGGGCUACCAGAGCUUCGAGGCGAACUCGCAGCGAGAGCCGCUGCUGUGCGCGCGUGCCGCGUUGUGCCAGCUGCUCGUCCCGCAGGACGAGGACUGCUGCGAUAAAUGCCAGGAGUGCAACCCUCUCGUAAAGAGCUAGUGCGUGAAGCUCGGCAAAAGUCUGUGAUCAAACGGUUACGAGGGGAGAUCUGACAGUCAUUGCAAAUCACUGGUUAAUUGUUAAGUGUGAAGUCAAUACGAUCAUCCUACGUUAGAGCCUUAUUAAUGCAGGGGGUUGGUGUUGAUGUAUAAACAAAGCCAAAACUUCAGGUAGCAAACCUGUUUUAAAGAAAUACUCACUCCAAAGUUUUCCAAACUAAUCUCUGUACAAAAAAAAAAAAUCUGUAGUGUAUCUUUGAUUCCAGCAGACCAGAUUUUCAACACAUUUCCUUGUAUUGAGGGGAAAAAAAAGAACAGAAAACCUGCUGACUUGUAGGGCAGUUCUUCAGACACUCAAUACACUUUUCAAAUGGAUGAAUAUAUAAUGUGAAAUUUUAAAAGAACAACCUAUAGACUCAAAUAAAUAAUUUUCAAGGAUGAGACAGACUUGAGAGAAUGUUUAGAUAUUAAAGAGUGUUGUUAUUUAAGGACAAUCGGAUGGAAACUGAGGCAAUAUUUAAUUGAAUGUAAAACAAAUAUAUAAAAUAUUUAAUAUUUAGUUUAAAUUUGGAACCACCAUUCAGUCCACAUUUAGUUUGGAGCAUGCUGUUAGAGGAAAAUAAUCAUAGACUGGGUGAUGUGAUGCGGUUCAGUGCAAAGCAGAGUUACUGUUACCACGACGAUGGAAUUUAUUCGCACAGCAAUUUGGCAACGCUGCACAGUUUUAGAACGAUACGUAAUACUUUUUAGUAUUCAUUUAUAAUUACAAUUUAUGUUGUGAAACGGCUGUGAGACAGGUUAGUUCCCUUUAUCGCUUACGUCAUAACAGCUAUUUCGCAAUUAUUCCACGCAAUCGAGUCGUACAUGAGCUGAGUCAGCUAUAAGCCAUGUACGACAAGAUUGAGUGGAAUAACUGUUUUAUUCUAUCCACAUUCACUGGAUUUUGACAAACGGAGUAUUUUUCUUGUCUUUUUUUUUUUUUCAAAUUUGAUGAAUAAAAACUUUAUACAAAGCAUCCGACAAAAUGGGGGCGGCACGGUGGUGUAGUGGUUAGCGCUGUCGCCUCACAGCAAGAAGGUCCUGGGUUCGAGCCCCGGGGCUGGCGAGGGCCUUUCUGUGCGGAGUUUGCAUGUUCUCCCCAUGUCCGUGUGGGUUUCCUCCGGGUGCUCCGGUUUCCCCCACAGUCCAAAGACAUGCAGGUUAGGUUAACUGGUGACUCUAAAUUGAGCGUA